AUGAAGGCGCUAUUUUUCAUCUCCGUAACAUAUGUGCUUCUUCUGAACGCUGGACAAAAUUCUGCGAACGAGGAACGAUGCAAAAUAACGAACUUGGAGCAACAUUUAACUCGGCUAAAUAUCUUUUUCAAAGAACUUCGUCACCGAGCGGCUCUUGGUAAAAAAUACCAAACGGUUGCUUUAGGCGAAGGAGGACUGAUGUAUUAUUUAAACCGCACGGAUAAUCUCCAAAAAGAUGCUCAAGAGAUGUUAAAGUCUCCUUCCAAAGAAGGUCCAUUAAAGAGUAGAUCAAUCAUAUUCCAUCGUGAACUCGAUGCUGUCUACGGUGGUGCAUACACUUCUGUGUAUCAGUUGGUAGAAAUGAUGCGUAUUAAUCCAAAAAUCCUUGGACAGAUGCUAUAUCCAAAGACAACUGGCUAUGGUUGCCAUGUGGAAGGUUUUUCAAAAAAAUCCAAAUGUUAUUUGAAAGGUGCCUGCGUAUUUGAUAAAGAGGCUCCAGUCGACUAUGAAAUGGAGAAAAAAGCAUGUACGAAAAACGAUGAUUGUACCUAUGAGAAACCAGCGACCUGUUUAUAUCCUUUGUGCUACGCCCAGAAGAAGUGA